GCCUGCGUGCGGGAUUCCUCUGUGUCCUGCUCGCUUUAGGUAUUCCGAAUGUCUUCGACAAGCGAUGCGUACCAUUUCGACGGGCAUCCUUCGGCACAUUCCUUUCCAGUAUUACGAACGCUUCCUACAGCACGAUAACUUCGGCUCCAGUAAACGCUCUUCACCAUCUCCUCGCCGCCAAUUCAGAUUAGGUAACCGGCAGCCCUUCAACGGGCAAUCCCUUCGGCCUCAGCUAGUGUCCUCGGCUACAACCAUCCCGCUUUACUUCUGCUAUCCCGGUGGUUUUCAAGAGACAAUACCUUCCUCCGAACUCAGCCAGCGUCCCAAUGGCGUAUCGUGUAUCUAUGCUCGCUUCGCGUAUCCAGAAGGUUUCCAAAGCACAAUCCCUUUGUAUCGACGAACGUUCUUGACCACGUCCCCGGACUUCACUUCACUCAUCCAGAAGAGCUUCGAUACGCAAUUGCUUUCAUAUCCAUGGGCAGAUAUCCAUAGGCCGCUUCACGUAGCCCGAAGGCCUCCAAGAGACAAAGCAGAUGUGAAGUAUUAUAUUCUAUGCCGUCUACCCAACAAUGGCCCGCGGCAGGCAGUCCUUCCCCGCCGUAGUCGUCGUCGUCGUCGUCGUCUUCCUCCUCCUCCUCCUCCUCCUCUCUCCUGUUGUCGUGGCGGAGCGAUCUGAGCCCCUCGGCGGGCUGUGGUUGGGCAGCAGCAUGCUACGAGGGCGGACACGGCGGAACUGAGACGAAACAAGCGCUCAUCGGUGACGGGU